AGGGUUUUAACCGUUCAAGUUUACCAUGGCUCGCCGGUGUUCCCCACGGAAAGCGGCGAUCGAGGCGCGAAAACGGCUAAGUCUGGGGAGUGGUCGUCUGAGGGCCCCACGGACUCAGCAGCGUUCCCCUCGGUCGUCUAUGAAAAAAGCAAGCCCAAAAGUUGCUCGAAAAUCUUCGCUGUGCGAAGAUACACCGGGGAGUAGCAAGAUAACGCCGAGGAAGAAAUUUUGGUCUGACGAAGAUGGAAUUGGGGAGCUGGCGAGACAUUGUCGGGCUGGACGGAAAACACUGUGGGAGAAAUUGCCUGGAUAUUCAGUACAGUUCGAGCUCGAUGAGAAACGGAUAAGUCUGAAGGUCUGCGGAGAGGACUUGGGUCGAGGAGAGAGGCAACUGUAUUUGGUGAAUGAGGUCGUAUAUGAUAUACGUAAUUGCCUCGGUGCGUCGAUGUUCGUUGAGGGUUUCCCAGAAUGCAAGUUGAAAGAAGUUGGUGAGCGAGGAAGAUAUUCUGGCUCGACGAUCAACUGUGCUUCUCUAUGUAUACUACACGAUGGUCGCAAUGCGCCUAAGGAGCAGUCGCCUGUUGUAUUGGCUUCCUGCCUGUAUAGAUAUGAUGCCGUUAGUCGAGAUGCUAUGAUACUACUCUUCACGACAGCUAAGAGCGUUAUGUAUCCUGUCCCAAGAGGUCGACGUGGGUAUGAGUUGGAUUGUCGUGGUAGGGGUCUGGGCAGACUUCUGGACGAACAGUUAUGUGAAUGGUUGAUGAAGUAUAAAGAAUGCCGAUCAGCGUAUGUGGAGAUGCUCAAUCAACACGUGGCUGAGUUCUGGAUGAAGAUUGGUUACGUACCGUUGAUCAGCCGAUAUGACGUCAAUCAGACCUUUCGUGGCUUCCACGGUACGGAAUUGGCGCGGAAGAUGUUAUGGUAUUGAGUCGAGAUUCUCCAACACGGUUACACGCAACAGGUCGUGGGUUCAAUUCCGUGCGAGGGUAUUUAUUAUAGUUGCCUACUUCCGCCGACUGCAGGGAAUAUUU